AUGGCCAGUGGUCGGGGAGCCGGCUCAGAUUUGGUUCAACGUCUGAAUGCCGUUUCAGAAGUUGAAAAGUCCAUUGGGAAUCUUCUUCGGCACGCGCAAACCUGCAUUUCGGAGCUGUCCAAAGAGAAACAGAUCAGCAAGACAAAAAUGGAGGAAUCAUCUCAGGCUUUCAAGAAGACUCUCACACAAGUUGAAAAGGAACUUUCCGAACAGAUGCUGUAUCUUUCUAAUGUCUGCGUCGGUUCGGCUCACCAAGGUUUUGCUUUUCUGCCUCUCGUUCUGCCUUUUUACUCAAAUAUUGACAAGUGA